CCUCUCUCUCUCUCUCUCUCUCUUACGCGCAUUUUCUCAAACACAUUGCGCGCACGGUUACACCCACUACCUGAGUUCCUGAGAUACUGCCUCAUACCCUCGCUUGCGCUUCCAAUUCGUUUGGGUUCCUGAUUUAAUUCAACUUUGAAUUGAAAUAUUUCGUUUCAUUUGCUCUUGGGCAAUUGAAAGUUUUGGAUUUUGUGGAGAAAUCGAUUCGAUUCUCUCUGUGGGGUUUUGGGCGCCAUGGCGAUUGCAGCGGCAGCUGUCAUCGUCCCGCUGGGCCUGCUCUUCUUCGUCUCAGGCCUCGUCAUCAAUCUCAUUCAGGCGAUUUGCUUCAUUCUUAUUCGGCCACUGUCUAAGAAUACAUACAGAAGGAUCAACAGAGUGGUGGCAGAAUUGUUGUGGCUGGAACUCGUAUGGCUUAUUGAUUGGUGGGCAGGUGUUAAGAUCCAAGUGUACACAGACCCUGAAACGUUUCAUUUAAUGGGUAAAGAACAUGCACUUGUCAUGUGCAAUCAUAGAAGUGAUAUUGAUUGGCUUGUUGGAUGGGUCCUGGCGCAGCGGUCAGGUUGCCUUGGCAGUGCCUUAGCUGUAAUGAAGAAAUCAUCAAAGCUCCUUCCGGUCAUAGGGUGGUCAAUGUGGUUUUCUGAAUAUCUCUUUUUGGAAAGAAGCUGGGCCAAAGAUGAAAGCACUUUAAAGUUAGGUCUUCAACGGUUGAAGGACUACCCUCAGCCCUUUUGGUUGGCUUUGUUUGUAGAAGGAACUCGUUUUACACAGGCCAAGCUUUCAGCAGCACAAGAAUAUGCAGCCUCAACAGGGCUGCCUGUACCUAGAAAUGUUUUGAUUCCUCGUACUAAGGGUUUUGUCUCUGCAGUAAGUAAUAUGCACUCAUUUGUUCCGGCCAUAUAUGAUAUAACGGUGGCUAUUCCUAAGGCUUCACCUUCACCAACAAUGCUAAGACUCUUUGAGGGGCGACCUUCUGUGGUGCAUGUGCACAUUAAGCGGCAUUUAAUGAAGGAAUUACCUGAAACUGAUGAUGCUGUUGCCCAGUGGUGUAAAGAUAUAUUUGUGGCAAAGGAUGCAUUGUUGGAUAAACAUACUGCAGAGCAAACUUUUGGCGAUCAAGAAUUGCAAACUACUGGCCGGCCACUAAAAUCUCUUUUGGUUGUUGCGUCUUGGUCAUGUCUACUUAUUUUGGGGGCUCUGAAGUUCCUCCAUUGGUCUUCACUUCUGUCCUCGUGGAAGGGUAUUGGGUUCUCAACAUUGGGUUUGGGCAUUGUUACCGUCCUGAUGCAGUUCUUGAUUCGGUUUUCUCAGUCAGAGCAUUCAACCCCUGCCCCGGUGUCUCCUGCAAAGAACGUUAGCAAAGGCGAGUCUUCAGGCAAAGCAGACAAACAGCAAUAGAGUACACAGUUUGAUAUCCAGGCCUUUUGUAAGCGGGCGAGUUGUUACUCAUGUGACUCAUGUGCUUUGUCACCCCUGCCUUGCCUUAGUGAUGUUCCUUCACCGUGCAGUGGUGCCCCUUUGAUUUUGUAAAACACGUAUUAUGUAUGCAUAUCUCAAUUCAUUAACGGUUGGUUGAUUAGGGCAAUUUCUGUAUAGACUCCGAAAAAUUGGCUUUAUCAGCAGUGCUAGGUCUAGAAUACUCCUAUGAAAUUACACUGCCUUUCACCUUGUUUGUCAUUUUAAAUGUCAGAAACCCUUCAAUUUAUCAGCAUUAGUGACCAUGGUGAAGCUUGGACUUGUAAUUUUAUUGCAUUAAUAGAGUAAUGUGGUCAAAUUUUCAAUUA